AUGGAGAAAGUGUGCUUUCAAGGGCCCAGGUGGUUUAUAGCAUUUUCAGAAGGCAGAGAGUUGAUUGAAGAAGAACCUCACAGUGGAAGACCUUCAACUGCAAAAAAUGAUGAAAACAUCAUCAGAGUUCGAGAUCUUGUCCGAUCCGAUCGUCGAUUGACGGUCAGAAUGAUUGGAGAACAGUUGGGAUUAUCUCACACUACCGUUCAUCAAAUUUUAACCAUUGAUUUGAAGAUGAGAAAAAUCUGCGUAAAAAUGGUUCUGAAAAUUUCGUCACAAGACCAAAAGGACAACAGGAGAGACAGGUGUCUCGAUUUCAUGGAGCAGAUUGAAAAUGACCAUUCUUUCUUAGAAUGUGUCAUUACUGGAGACAAGUCUUGGAUUUACGAGUACGACCCGGAAAUGAAGCGCCAGAGCCAAGAAUGGCACACAUCACAGCAUCACCGAGGCAAAAAAAAGAAGAAUGAGCAACUCAAUCAAAACGAUGCUGAUUUGCUUCUUUAA